UCUAGCUAUUGGGUAAAUAUCAGAAUCUUGGUGCGGAAGGUGGUCACUUCAGGUUGCGUCCUGUACCGCCUACUUCAUUCCAGUUCCUGCCCUCUUGUUACCAUCUCCAUGAAGCGCUUGUCUAUCGUCGGGUGUGCGUUGCUGCUGUCACCACCGCUCGCAGCCUCCGUAUCCUUUCCCGAUAAUGUAGCGUCCCUCAUUGACACAUCCGCCGAUCCUUGCGAGGAUUUCUAUCAGUUUUCAUGCGGUGGAUGGCUCGCAACCCACGAGAUCGACGUGGACAAGUCCAUAGUAGAAUACUCAUUCGAUAUGGCUCAGGACGCGAUGGACGAGACCAUUUUACAAGCGAUCGCCAAUGAUUCCACCUCGUUGACCGGUGCACUCUUCGCUUCCUGCAUGGACAUGGACGCACGCAAUGCACUCGGAGCGGAACCUCUACAAAGCGGUCUGGAGAGUAUUGUGAAGGCGCAGAACAGGCAAGAACUCUUCCGAAUAGCUGGACGACUCGCACGCACAGGCGCAGAUUUUAUCACAAACUUGCAACCACAUUCGAGUCUACAGAACUCGAGUAGGAACAUACUCUGGGUGUCGCAUGCAGAUCUGACACUAGACGACGAAUACUACGAGAACCCUCAAGUGCUCACUUAUGUCGAGACGAAUCUGUCGGAUUACGCGUCGACGCUACUGAAUCUGACAGAGUUUCAAUUGGAAACAAAUGAGUACGACGACUAUGGAGAAGUGGUGUUGAGUGUGGAGAAGCAGCUGAUUGAGUUGCAAAACUACGCAGAGUUGGAUCCAGUGAGUACAGAUAUGUACUAUUUGUUCGCUUAUAAAGAGGCUGCAGUCAACUAUCCGCUCGUGUUUGGAGCGUACGCAGAAGGCAUGCAACUUCUGGACGAUGCCCCAGCACUAACUGAAGAUUCGGAAGUUGCGUUACUCAGCAUUUCGUACUUUGAAAAAGCUGAGGAGUUGGUGUCACUCCUUUCAUUGGACGCACUUAAAGUGUACGUGGCCUUCGCAUACAUCAACAACUUUGCCAAGUUCUUGAGUGAUCCGUUUGUUGCAGCCCACGUUAAAUUCUUCCGUGGAGUGAUGCUUGGAGCAGAAGCUUCGCUGUCAUUAGAGAAAAUUUGUGUGGAACAUGUAAUUGAUCUGCUGCCUGUACACGCUGGUGCAGCGUAUGUGGCUCAUCGUGACGAUAUGAAGGAGACUGGAGAUGCUUUUAUCGCAAUGCUUGACGAGAUCCUCGAUGCUAUGGCACAAAAUAUCAAAACGCUGGACUGGCUGGACGAGCAGACACGAACUAGUGCAUUGUCGAAGCUAGAUACACUUGAUGUGAUGUAUCUGGCGCCUGACGAUGAACAGUUAGAGAAAGAAGCGGAAGGACUUGCCAAGCUCGACCCCACUGCAUUUUUCGAUAAUGUAGAUUUUAUCUACACGGCUCAGUAUGUCGCACUGACUUGGGCCAUUGGAGCAGAUGUGGAUCGUGAUGAGUGGGGGAUGAGUGCUGCAUCGGCCAACGCGUACUACUCGCCCUACGCCAACCAGAUUGUGUUCCCUGCAGGAAUAAUGCAGAGUCCAUUUUUCGAUUCAAAGAGUACCGCAGCUCAGAUCUUUGGGUCUUUGGGUGUCGUCGCCGGACAUGAAAUUACCCACGGGUUUGAUACUAUGGGUGCAAACUUCGAUGCAAAGGGCAACUGGAACGCGUGGUGGACUGAAGUUACGGCCACCGAGUUUGAAACCCGGGCGCAGUGCCUAGUUGACCAAUACAGUUCGUUCUACACUGAAGCGGAGGACGGAGUGGAGCUCAUCCCUGUGAACGGCAUGAAAACUCUGGGCGAGAAUAUCGCCGAUAACGGCGGUCUACAUGUGGCCUUCAACGCCUACAGAAACCGCAUUUCUGGCUCAAGCAACGGUGGCAAUAAUACUGACGACGACCAGCUCUUCUUUGUGUCGUAUGCGCAGACAUGGUGCGGCAAAGAACGCGACGAGAUGGCUGUGGACUCGUUCAUCACGAACGUACACGCGGUUGGCGAUGUGCGUGUGAAUGGCGCCGUAAUGAACAGCGCUGCGUUUGCUAAAGCUUUUAGCUGCCCCGAAGGAGCCACAAUGAACCCAAGCAACAAGUGCGUUGUGUGGUAGAUUUAUAAUACCAAUCAAACAAUAUAAAAUGCACUUGAACAUUUUUAGCUUUAGAGUUAUGGUAUUUUUAGGAGCGCUUAAUAAAAUCUGGUGACAUU